AUGUAUAGGCUGUUACUUUAUGUUUCAGAUUAUUCAAUUUAUUUUCGACGUAAUACGAGAAGUUCAUUCGCAAUGAUUUGGAUCCUAAUAUUUAUUAUUCAAGUCGUUUUAAUACUAAAAUAUAACGAGGCUUUAAACAGGAACACACUGUCAACGUUCACCAAAAACCUGGAGAGCUUGGUGCAGGAGAUGUCAAUUUACUUCCAACCUUGCAGCUAUCCAAUAGAAUUGAUAGCCGGAAUGUGUAUGGAUAAAACAUUGAGAAAA